AUGGCAAGCACACAGAACACCAGCAAAACCUUCAAGCUCAACACGGGCGCCUCCAUCCCCGCCGUCGGCCUCGGCACAUGGCAGUCCCAGCCCAACGAGGUCAAGAACGCCGUCGAGUGGGCGCUCGCCAAGGGCUACCGGCACAUCGACACGGCGCUGGCCUACGGCAACGAGGCCGAGGUGGGCGCCGGCAUCAAGGCCUCGGGCGUCCCGCGCGACCAGAUCUGGCUGACGACCAAGCUCGACAACACCUGGCACAAGCACGUCCAGGACGGCAUCGACUCGAGCCUCAAGAGCCUCGGCACCGACUACGUCGACCUCUACCUCAUGCACUGGCCCUCGAGCACCGACCCGGACGACAGGAAGAAGCACUAUGCCGACUGGGACUUUGUCGACACCUGGCGCGAGAUGCAGAAGCUCGUCGACACGGGCAAGGUGCGCAACAUUGGCGUCAGCAACUUUGCCAUCAAGAACCUCGAGAAGCUGCUGUCUGCUGAGAGCACCAAGAUCGUACCUGCCGUGAACCAGGUCGAGCUUCACCCGUGCAACCCCUCACCAAAGCUUAUCGACUAUUGCAAGUCCAAGGGCAUCCACGUCACAGCCUACUCGCCCCUGGGCAGCACCGACUCCCCGCUGUACAAGAACGAGCAGAUCUUGUCCGUGGCCAAGGCCAAGGGCAAGACCCCUCAGCAGGUCCUGAUCAUGUGGGGUCUGCAGCGCGACUACAGCGUCCUGCCCAAGUCGGUCACCAAGGAGCGCAUCGAGGCGAACUUUGACCUAGACGGUUGGAGCCUGUCCGAUGACGAGGUCUCCAAGAUCUCAAACAUUCCCGACCGCUUCAAAGUCUGCACUGAUGGCUGGCUCCCUGUCAAGGUCUUCUUUGGCGACGACGAGUAA